GGUUUUUCUAGCACAAGUCCAAGAAAUUUACUUCCAUCUGAAUUGAUAUUCUCACUCAGUGCAAAAUGCUUGUUGUCAUUGAGUUUAUAUGACUGUACUGAAUUAAUACCAAUAUCUGGAUCUUUUGCAUUUUGUAAAGCAAAUCUUGUUCCUGGUGGUGUUAAUUCAAUUGCUUCAAAUGUGAAUGUGUCAGGAUAAAACACUGGAGGAUUGUCAUUAAUAUCCUGAAUGUCUAUCUUGACUCUAAAUAUAUUUAAGGGAUUUUCAACCACAGCAUCAAAGGUUAGGAAGCAGGUAGCUUCUGCCCCACACAAUGUCUCUCUGUCUAUCCUGUCCUUCACAUAGAGAUUUCCAUUAUCUACAUUCACAUAAAAGUAUUUCUC